CUCCAACCCCACUCACUAAAUGCCCUUUUGUCUACACGCUUUUUCACUUCUCUCUCUAUCCCCCACCUCUUGUUAGAACUGUGCUUUUUUUGCAGAUCUCUGUGUCUCCUUCUGCAACAAAAUAGGGUUUGUUUCCCCUUCAUCCUCAUUGAAGUCUCACAGUCAUGUCCUCCCUGCCAUAAUUGAUUCAAGGGAUAUAUUAAAUUCCAGCCCCCCGCAUGUUUUCAAUGGUCGCUGUGACAUAUUCUCGUUCAUCCUCGGAAGGAUCAUAGCAGAUCCUGAAAGGAAAAAAAAGGCAUGUUUCCUACAAGCAGCCGUUUGAAAUUCAGUGUCUAGUGAGACUGCUGUGUAUGGCUUCAUCAUCCGGUUACUGUAGCUCUCCGUGCGCUGCUUGCAAGUUCUUGAGGAGGAAGUGCCUGGCCGAUUGCAUCUUCGCGCCCUACUUCCCUCCCGAGGAGCCCCAGAAGUUCGCCAACGUCCACAAGAUAUUCGGCGCGAGCAACGUGAGCAAGCUCCUCAACGAGGUCCUCCCCCACCAGAGGGAGGACACUGUCAAUUCCCUCGCCUACGAGGCCGAGGCGAGGCUCAAGGAUCCGGUGUACGGGUGCGUGGGGGCGAUAUCGGUGCUCCAAAGGCAGGUCAUUAAGCUUCAAAAGGAGCUGGACGCGACGAACGCCGAUCUCAUCCGGUACACCUGCCGCGAGAUACCGAGCACGGUGUCUAGGCCCGUGCAUCAUCGGAGGAGGAAUAAUAACAACAGUAUGGUUCAAGUUUAUGGAGAUGGCGGUUUCGAUCCGAACUGUGGUGGGUAUUAUCAUCCUCUUGCUUGGGGUAAUGGCCAUGUCGGAGAUGGCCAAGAGGGAGAUGAAGGAGGUAUGUGACACAAAUCGUGCAUAGGAUCUGCAAUAAAUUGGUGUUUUUAGCCAGCUCUCCAUGAGAUUAGAAAAGACAAGGAUUAGCUAUGGAAAUAAAUGAUUAUCAUGUGCUGUUUUGUCAUGAAUCAUAUGUAUGACAUCUCCUCCAUGUCCAAAUGGGAAGUCUAGAUCUCUUCCUGUUGCCAGAUUGGAUGAAGCUAGCACUGGUUCAAUGCACUAAUAAA